GGCAGGCGGGGACCGGGACCAGGACGCACGGCCGGCCGGCCGCACGGAGGGGACUCCCGGGCGCCCCGGGGCCGGGCCAUGGCGUGGCCCUGCAUCAGCCGCGUGUGCUGCCUGGCGCGCCGCUGGAACCAGCUGGACCGCUCGGACGUGGCCGUGCCGCUGACCGUGCACAGCUACUCGGACAUCGAGGACCCCCCGCCGCCGCCGGGCCCCCCCCGGCCGGGCCCCCCGGCUCCCCGGGCCCGCCGCUCACCCAGUACCAGCGGGACUUCGGCGCCCCGCGCCGGGACCCGCAGCCCUGGUCCCGGCCGGGCCGGCCCCGGUCCCGGGGGGGGCCGCCGGGAGCGAGACAGGGAGCCCGCGGCGGCCCCCAGCGUCUACGUGCUUCCGGGGGGCAAUGCGCUCGAGGCCAGCGACGGGGACCCCCGCUUCCUGAGGAUCCGGGCCCCCGCCGACGCCGCCCCCCUGCCGGUCACCACGUCCUACAGACAGGAGUACCGACCAUGGCCCGCCACCAAACCUCCGAGACCCAUCAAGACCAAAGCGACCUCUAUCAUCGUGACCGACUACACUGUGAGGGAGAGCAGCUACCGCGCCGACUUCAAGGUCCCCGAAGGAAGGAGAAAGUUCUCGCCUAACCCUUCGGCUGUGUUCCAGGCCUCCCCCGCCCCCAUCCUGCACGUGUGACCGUCCCCGCCUGCCCACUCCGGCGGCGGGAGGGCCGAGGGGCCAGCGGAUAGCCGAGCCUCAGUUGGCUGCAGUGCAGCCCGUGGGGGCUCCUGGCCCGCCCGUCUACGCCAGCGCAUGCUCACGCGGCCGGGGAGGUCCCUGGCUUUGCCGGGCCGGGAUUUCUGUCCACAAAUGACCAAACCCACUCGUGGGCAGCGGCCCAGAACACCCGCAUGGAGUGCCGGAGCCGGGGUCCCCCUCCACAGUGCUUGCUUUCUGACUGACCGAACGGCCGCCGAGGGCCCUGCUCCCCGCCGCUCCCCCGUCCCACAACACACCGGGAAUUUCCUCCAAGAGCACACUCUGACCCAGCUUCAUUUCUGAGAUCUGAGGGGAGGAGCGCGAAGGGAGCGAUUCUGCUUUGGGGGGCUGUGCCCCGACGGCCUAACACCCCCACCCCCACCCCGCACCCCGGGACUCGCCAGGAUCACCUCCGGGGGCUUUUCUACUUCCUCUGUUCCAAGAUCUCUGCUAAUUUCUUAUGGAUUUUCCACAACAGAGACAGUGGUCCAUUUUUUUCCACAGGGAAAGCUCUUAGCUUUUCUGGUGAAUGACUCUGCACAUGCACAUUGUACAAUAAAUGUAUUGCCUUGAAACCCUAA